AUGGCAAGUGCCUUUGCAGCUAAAAUGGGAUUUAACUCAUUGAUGAAAAAACAAGCCAAGAACUUCAACAUCAGGAUUUGCACAGUGGAGUCAGACAUGGAGUUCAGCUGUGAGGUCAAGUGGAAAGGAAAAGACCUUUUUGACUUGGUGUGCCGGACUCUGGGGCUGAGGGAGACAUGGUAUUUUGGGCUCCGGUACAACAUCAAGGACACAGUUGCUUGGCUGAAAAUGGAUCGGAAGGUUCUGGAUCAGGAGGUACCGAAGGAGGAACCAAUCACCCUUCACUUCCUGGCCAAGUUUUACCCUGAAAAUGCUGAGGAGGAGCUGGUGCAAGAUAUCACACAGCAUCUCUUCUUCCUGCAGGUGAAGAAGAAGAUCCUCCAGGAGGAUAUUCACUGUCCACCUGAGGCGUCUGUGCUGCUAGCCUCCUACGCCGUCCACGCCAAGUACGGAGACUACGACCCCAAUGUUCACAAACCUGGUUUCUUGGCUGAAGAGGACCUGCUUCCAAAGAGGGUGAUUAACUUGUACCAGAUGACUGCAGAAAUGUGGGAGGAGAGGAUCACAGCGUGUUAUGCAGAGCACAGGGGAAGGACUAGGGAUGAAGCCGAGAUGGAGUAUUUAAAAAUAGCUCAGGACCUGGACAUGUAUGGCGUCAAUUACUUUUUAAUCAGGAACAAAAAGGGAACAGAUCUCCUCCUGGGAGUGGACGCCCUGGGUCUUCACAUCUACGAGCCGGACAACAGGCUGACCCCAAAGUGCUCCUUCCCUUGGAAUGAGAUCCGCAACAUCUCCUACAGCGACAAGGAGUUUACCAUCAAACCUCUGGACAAGAAAACCAAUGUUUUCAAGUUCAACUCUUCACGGCUAAGAGUCAACAAGUUGAUCCUCCAGUUGUGUAUUGGGAACCAUGACCUGUUUAUACGCCGCCGGAGGGUAGACUCGCUUGAAGUACAGCAGAUGAAGUCUCAGGCCAGAGAGGAGAGGGCCAGAAAACAGGUAGAGAGGCAGCGUCUGCAAAGGGAGAAGCAGAUGCGGGAGGAGGCCGAGAGAGCCAGGGACGAGCUGAAGAGGAGGUUGAUUCAGCUGCAGGACGAGGCUCGCAUGGCCAACGAAGCACUGCUGCGUUCGGAGCAGACGGCGAAUCUGCUGGCUGAGAAGGCCAAGAUCGCGGAGGAGGAGGCUGAGCUGCUGGCCCAGAAAGCUGACGAGGCCGAGACAGAGAUGCAGCGCAUCAAAGUCACCGCCAUCCGUGGCCAGGAGGAGCGGCGGCUCAUGGAGCAGAAGAUGCUGGAGGCAGAGAUGCUGGCCCUCAAGAUGGCCGAAGAGUCGGAAAGGAGGGCCAAGGAGGCGGAGCAGCUGAGACAGGACCUGCAGGAUGCCAAGGAGUCGGAGCGCAGGGCGAAGCACAAGCUGCUGGAGAUUACCAGCAGGACCGUCUAUACGGCCCCUGGACUGCAAUCUGACAGCAUGCCUCCCGACCUGAGCUUCAGCAGGGAGAACCUCAGCUUUGACUUUAAAGAUACCGACAUGAAACGCCUCUCCAUGGAGAUCGAGAAGGAGAAGGUCGAGUACAUGGAGAAGAGCAAGCACCUGCAGGAGCAGCUGAAUGAGCUGAAGACGGAGAUUGAAAGUCUGAAGAUGAAAGAGAGGGAGACUCCUCUGGACAUCAUUCACAACCAGAACACCGAGCAGGGGACCAGCAAGCACAGCAACUUUAAAAAGCUAACACUACAAAGCACCAAGUCCAGGGUGGCCUUCUUUGAGGAACUUUAAACUACAUUCCUGUGAAAGGUCGGGAUGGAUGCAAAACUGCUGAGAGCCUCACGAGUCUACAUUCCUGGUCAGAUUAAAUGAUUGGCCACACUACAAGACCGUAUGCUCCACUUCCUGGGAAACCACUAUGAAACUGAAGAAAAAGACCACUGCCUUGAUCUGC